AUGCCGUCGGUUUCGAAAACGGCGGCCAAUGCGUCCCCUCAAACCGAGAAACCUACCCACUAUACAUACUUGAAGGAGUUCAGGACCGAGCAGUGCCCGUUGUUCCUCCAGCACAAGUGUACGCAGCACAGACCCUUUACGUGCUUUCAUUGGCAUUUUCUCAACCAGCGGCGAAGGCGACCCAUAAGGAGAAGAGACGGGACUUUUAACUACAGCCCCGACGUUUACUGCACAAAAUACGACGAGACCACAGGCAUUUGCCCCGAUGGAGAUGACUGCCCUUAUUUACACCGGACCACUGGUGACACAGAGCGCAAGUACCAUCUCCGCUACUACAAGACUGGCACUUGUAUCCAUGAGACCGAUGCCCGAGGGCAUUGUGUGAAGAAUGGCCUCCACUGUGCUUUUGCUCACGGGCCACAUGAUCUCCGACCUCCAGUCUAUGAUAUCAGAGAGAUCCAAGCACAAGAGGCACUUCAAAAUGGACAGUUGGGAUCUGGGGAAGGUAUUCCUGAUCUGCAGCCCGGUGUAUUAGCCAGCCCUAUGAUUGAGAAAACUCUCACAGAAGACCCCCGGUGGCAAGACACCAACUUUGUUUUAGCCAACUAUAAAACAGAGCAGUGCACCAAGCCCCCAAGACUAUGCAGACAGGGCUACGCAUGCCCCCACUACCACAACAGUAGAGAUCGAAGACGAAAUCCUAGGAAGUUCAAAUAUAGGUCCACUCCCUGCCCUAAUGUGAAACAUGGGGAUGAAUGGGGCGAGCCCUCAAAGUGUGACAGUGGAGACAGUUGCCAGUAUUGUCACUCUCGCACUGAACAGCAAUUUCACCCAGAGAUCUACAAAUCUACCAAAUGCAAUGACAUGCGACAAACUGGAUACUGUCCCAGAGGACCGUUCUGUGCAUUUGCACAUGUAGAAAGAAUUCCCUCUACAGAAGAGACCAUGAGCUCAUUGCUAACAGUGAUACAGUCCAGUUCACAGUCCCAGCUGGGCUCUCAGCAGUAUUCAGAGUGUCCAGUCAGUGAGUGGAACAGUGGAGGCAUCUCCACCACCAACGCAACCAGUAGCAACGGACAAGUGGGAAGUGUUUCAUGUUCUAAUAGCUCAACUGUAACGUCAAGCUCAGGAAGCGACAGUUUGUUAUCCCCAGUGGGUUCCAUCUGCAGGCCCAAAUCCUUAACUAACAGUAGUUUAUGUUCAGAGUCCACCACAUCCAGUGCCUCAUCUCUGACGUCUAACUAUCCUAGAGCUCCGGGCUUUGAACGUGAGGAUCAGAUCAAGAAUAAGGGGCAGGUGGAUCAGAAAUUGAUGGACCAAGAAAAACAGACACAUAACACUGUAUUCUCUGCGGUAAACCCUUUGGCCUCAAGCUUUACCUCCAGUAUAACAUCCAGCUUGGCUUCUAGUAUUGGCUCAGAUAGUUCUUCACCCACCACCUUAUCAACAAUGAAUGCAAAAGCCACUCCUUUCUAUCCAGGGAGCACCACAGUGGAGUCUGUCAUUGGUUCUGCUCUGGACCUUAACUUCAGUGACAUCAACGUUGCAAGUCUUGAUAAGGAGUUAGAGGAUCAAGAUAACUGUGUAGGAUUGGCAAGUCAAAGGGUGCUGGCCGGAUCUGCUCCUGUUAACAUUCCUGGCUCCUUGGCUCGCUCGUCCUCUUUUAAUUCCUCAUCAUCGCUCUCCACCUCCCCGCUCAGCUCCCUCUCCCAGUCUCUGUCGCAGUCCCUGCUGUCUGGGACGAUAUCGCAGCAAAAUCAACCUUCAAAUAUGUUAACCAAGCAAGAGCACGGCCUCCUGGGAACACCCACCUCCUCUUCCCAGAACUCUUUGGGUUUGAAUGGAGGAGCUUGCAGCAUUUGGGACUUUGUAAGUGGCAACUUUUCCCCAAGUCCAUCGCCAGUUUUCAGCAGUCUAACCUCGGCAACCGGCAGCGCCGAUCUAGCCCGGCUUUUCAGAGAGCUGGACGAGGCCAAGAGAAAGAUCAAACAGUGGGAGGAGGCCUGGCAUCAAGUCAAACAGGCCUGUGAAGCUUGCCAGAAAGAAGCUCAUGAAGCGAAGGAACAUGCAAAAACGGCCGAGGCAGAGCGUCAGCUGGCUGAACAGAAAUGGGAGGAAACAGAUCGCAAGUUUAAAGAGCUCCAAGGGGACUUUGAUGCGCUUUGUCGCACCCCUGGAGCACCUCUGCUACGUAGCUACGGCGAGCUGGAGCAGCUCCCCUUGUCAAAGCUUCACUCCAUCCAGAGUCAGCUGCGUAAUGACCUAGACCUUAUAGACGGGGCAUAAAGAAAAUGCUAAUGGAUGCUGCUUUUUCUUGGAACGGUUUGAACUUUUUGGCACAAUAUGAUGAGAGCUCUCAGGAGACAAGGUGUCAAACAGGUAGCAGAUCAGCUUCUCAGCCUGCCGGAGGUGAAACAGAAAUCAUUAU